GCACUUCCUGCGGCAGCCGGAACCCAACAGCAGGUUUGGAGGUGACCGAAUGGCCGAGUGCUGGACUUCACUGCUUUCUCUGUAAACAAGGGGCUUUCGGGGGAACCGGUUAGAGUGUUGAGUGGGCAGGGUGGUCGCCAUGGGGGCUCACCUGACGCGGAGCUACAUCACGGAGAGGGACUCGGCUCCGGACCCGAGGAAACCGUCUGAACACGAGCCGCAGUUCGGCUUCCAGGAGGAGCGGGGCGAGAGGGUGCCCGUGGCGUCUCAGGAGCAGAUGAACUUGGCGAUGCUGCCGGUGGAGCAGCGGGACUACUGCGCUCACCACCUGCUCAAACUGAUGAAGUGCAAGAGAGACAACUUCCCCAACUUCCUCGCCUGCAGACACGAGAGACACGACUGGGACUACUGCGAACACCAAGAUUACGUGAUGAGGAUGAAGGAGUACGAGCGAGAGAGGAGGCUGAACCUGAGGAAGAAGAGGAUUGAAGCGCAGGCAGCGUGAUUUCCCCUCCCUUUAUCUUACCCCUCUUUUGUUGUUCUCUUUGUCUCUAUAAAGCCUCUCUCAGUAAUAAAGAGUACGUUAUGAGCCAUUGGCUACACGCUGA